AUGAAGACCACCACCGCUCUUUUGGCCCUUGCCGCCGCGGCACAGGGUUCACCCUUGUUCUCGAAGCGGAACGAUAUCUUCGACGACAAGGAAAAUUUCUGCGGGUGGGACUUAAGGAGCGUCGAGGGAGUCGAAAAGCUUUGGAAAGAAACAGCUGCCGGUGUCUCCCUUGAGCUAUUCAUCAAAGGCCACUGGGAGCACGAGAAUAGCUGGCUCAAGAAUCUUGAGGAUCAGGUCAUGGGGGGCCUUGACGGCAGGUCUGGUGCUAGCGGCUGUGCCCUCAUCGGAGCCAGCUGUAACCCCAUGAACGGUAUCAGUUGUGAAGAGCAGUUUGACAAGUAUGGCAAGACAUUUAUCGGCAAGAACUCGUACUGGACGUUCCAGGCUGUCAAGGGCAUGCAUGACAAAUUCGCCGAGCUGCACCGACAGUUGACCACUGAGACUCUCAUCAAUGGUCUCAAGAUUGGGCAGAUGCUCAAGGACUUUGGUGGAAACGAGAACGGAGGAGGUAAUAUGAGGGGCUGGCUUUCAGCAGCCGCGACCAUGGGUAAUGCCCUUGGAGGCCUUGCUCCUGGAGUGGGCAAUGGUAUUUCUGCUGGCAUGGGAAUCUUGGCAGGUAUCAUGUCCGGCCUCUCCUUGGGCGAAGAUGAGGAUGACGGCGCUGCUACCAUAUCAGACGGCCUUGCCGACCUCUUCAAGUCUGCCUCCGUCAAGCUCGAGGAUACCCUCCGAAUUGCUACUGGAGGCGGUAGAAACGAGGCAGAGUACAACUCUCUCCCCGCUCCCGUGUGGGAUACAUUCGAGACCAAGAUCGCCAAGUUCUUUAAUGGCGGCUGGUUCCUCCUCGACAACGACAUCGAGCUUGUGCGCGAUACCCUGUACUCUAUCACCAACAACACCCAGAUGAAGGUCGCCAACGAUGUUAUGAAGGCCUCCAAGCUUCAUCUUGUUGCCGACAAGCUUGGCAAAAAGAACUCUCGUGAGGAUUGCGGUGAUACCACCGGUCGACACUGGCUACCGCUCCGUGAUGGCGAGGAGUACUGCUGGUACAUCAUGCGAAACGACCCCGACCCCAAUGGCGUUGGAGAGUGGACCGAAGUUGGUGAAGAUAUCUACAAGAAGAUGGCAGACUUCGGUCUGGGUGAUCGCGAGACCUACUACAAGGCUCUGAUCGACUGCGCGCUGAACAAGGGCGACAGCGACGAUGUUGACACUAGCAACCUUGUUCAGGGAGAGAUUCCUCGAUGCUUCUUCAACUUGAAUACUGUGUUUGUUGAACGUGAUAGUUCACGUGGCUGCGGAGGCCUCGACGACGUCAAGGGCUGCGACUACCGCAAGGGUACUCCUCUCAAAUGA